CAGCAGCAGCAGCAGCAGCAGCGACACAAACUGACGUCGCCUUCGUCCCCUCGCCUCCUCCUCCUCCUCCUCGUCGAGGCUGCCGCUGCUCCUCCGCCUCGGCUGCUUAAAUCCGGGGGCCCCCCUGCUCCUCCGCCGCUUCUUCCGCUUCCCCCCCUCGCUCACGUUUUUUUCUUUUCUCCUCUCCGCUCCCCGGAUUCCACCGGAGAGCGGGAGGGGUACGUGGAGGUGGUGCGGUGCGGAAUUGAGGGGGUGUGUGGAUGUGAGAUCCGAUGGCUGCUGCAGCGACGGGGGUGGCGGCGGGGGAGGGACUGGCCGGAGGCGGUGGAGGAGUGGAUGGGCUGUUCGUGGAGCUGUGGCGGGCGUGCGCGGGGCCGCUGGUGACGGUGCCGGCGGUCGGGGAGAGGGUCUUCUACCUCCCGCAGGGCCACAUCGAGCAGGUGGAGGCGUCGACGAACCAGGUCGCCGAGCAGCAGGGGGCUCCGCUCUACAAUCUGCCAUGGAAGAUCCCGUGCAAGGUCAUGAACGUCGAGUUGAAGGCUGAGCCAGAUACCGAUGAGGUGUAUGCGCAGCUCACCCUGCUUCCUGAGAAGCAGCAGGAUGGGAAUGGAAAUGGGAACGGGAAUGCCUCUAAAGACCAGGUGGAUGAGGAGGCGGCGGCACCACCAGCUGCAGCUGAGCGGCCCCGGGUGCACUCUUUCUGCAAGACGCUUACUGCCUCGGACACAAGCACUCAUGGUGGAUUCUCGGUGCUGCGCCGGCAUGCAGAUGAGUGCCUCCCACCACUGGAUAUGAGUCAGCAUCCCCCAACACAAGAGCUGGUGGCCAAGGAUCUUCAUGGGGUUGAGUGGCGCUUCCGUCACAUCUUCCGAGGUCAGCCACGUAGACACCUUCUCCAGAGCGGUUGGAGUGUUUUUGUUAGUGCCAAACGUCUUGUUGCUGGAGAUGCUUUCAUAUUUCUGAGAGGUGACAAUGGGGAACUGCGAGUUGGUGUUCGACGUGCAAUGAGGCAACAAGCUAAUAUUCCAUCUUCAGUCAUAUCAAGCCACAGUAUGCAUCUUGGUGUUCUUGCAACAGCAUGGCAUGCGGUGAACACUGGGACAAUGUUCACUGUGUACUACAAGCCAAGGACUAGUCCAUCUGAAUUUGUGGUACCACGCGAUCUGUACGAGGAAUCUCUCAAACGAAAUCAUUCAAUAGGGAUGAGAUUCAAGAUGACAUUUGAAGGCGAAGAGGCUGCAGAGCAAAGAUUCACUGGCACAAUUGUUGGAAUAGGUGAUUCUGACCCAUCUGGUUGGGCUGACUCAAAAUGGCGUUCCCUUAAGGUGCGAUGGGAUGACGCUGCUUCUAUUCCUCGUCCUGAUAGGGUUUCUCCUUGGCAAAUAGAACCUGCUAACAGCCCUUCCCCACCCAACCCUCCUCAAGCAACCCGGACCAAGAGGGCUCGUCCAAAUGUUAUAUCGUCCUCGUCUGACUUAUCUGCUGUAAACAAAGAAGUUGCUUCAAAAGUCAUUGCAAACUCACAGCAGAAUGGUCUUACAAGGGCCUUCCACAGUCAAGAAAGCACAAAUUUGAGGAGUCGUUUUGGUGAUAGCAGUGAGCUAAAUACUUCCCAGAAGCUUACCAUGUGGUCUUCAGGAAGCAAUCAAGAGAAAAAUAAUGCUAUUGUCCAGAGGGAGCUAGGUUCACAGAGUUGGAUGCAGAUGAGGAGGCCUGAUAGUUCUUCUGAGAUAUUAUCUGGAUUUCAACCCCAGAAAGAUACAAGGAACCCUCUGAGUUCGUUCCCUAGUCAGAUAUCUGGGAAUCGUUCAAAUACCUGGAAUACAAUCAAUGUUCAUUAUCCUGACCAAAAUGUCAAUCACAAUAUGUUCCCUGGAACGUGGUCUUUUAUGCCCCCAAACACUGCUUUUGGUGUGAAUCAACAGAGCUACCUAAUGCCACCUGACAUCCCGCUCCCUCAAAGGUCUCUUAAUGCAAAGUUUAGUGGGAAUGGAGCAUUCACUUCACUUCGGGCCCAUGGUAUUGAUCAGCGCUCCUCUGGUUGGCCUGGGCAUAUUGAGCCAAGUUCUCACAUUGAUGAUGCCUCAUUAAGUCUGAUCAAGCCACAGCCUUUGGUUAUUGAUCACAAUGUUCAGAAAGCUAAAGGCUCUUCAUGCAUGCUUUUUGGGAUUUCUCUUGACAGCCCAGCAAAACCUGAACAAUUGAUAUCCCCACCAAGUGUUGCAUUUGAUGGGAAGCUUCAACAGGAUGCACUUGAAGAGGAUGAGUGCUCUGAUCCUUCCAAGACUCUGAAGCCACUUGAUGGAGCUCAGCACGAUUCUGCUACUGAGAAACAUCAGUCUUGUCCAGAAGGUGCCAGAAACAUUCAGACUAAACAUAAUGGUUCCUCACGAAGUUGCAAGAAGGUACACAAGCAAGGGAUCGCACUCGGAAGGUCGAUAGAUCUUACAAAAUUUACUUGCUAUGAUGAGCUAAUUACUGAACUAGACCAGAUGUUUGACUUCAAUGGUGAGCUGAGCAGUUCUUGCAAGAACUGGAUGGUCGUGUAUACUGAUAAUGAGGGUGACAUGAUGUUGGUUGGUGAUGAUCCUUGGAAUGAAUUCUGCAACAUGGUUCAUAAAAUCUUCAUCUAUACAAGGGAGGAGGUUCAGAAGAUGAAUCCAGGUGCUCUGAACUCAAGGUCAGAAGAUAGUCGGUCUACUUCCAUGGAACGAGGGUUGGUCGGCGAAGGGCUCCAAGGUGGUUUAUCCACCCCAUCACUGAAUUCUGAGAACUGCUAAUUUGUUUGGUCACUGAGGUCUUUUGUGGUUUGCAGAGCCGACAUAUCCGCGGUAGGAAGGAAUCUUUUCGUGGUGUAGUACUAGUAGUUGGUGCUUUUAUAUGUUAUCGGGUAAGCCCCGCAGUACCCCAUUUGUAGAUGGUGCUUGUCCUGGUAUUCAGGUGCCUGUUCUUCGUUUUCGACAAGUUUUGGGUGUGCUUUGUUGAGGUUUAAGUCAUUGUACAAUAUGCCCCGUAGUAGUGAAAGGCGCCGAAGCCAAGCUGCUUGUUGCGCUUGCUUGCCCCUCUUCCCCUCCCUAAGCCUUGUAAAUAGCUUUGCUCUCCCUUUCAUCAGUCAGUCUAAUAUGUGUUGCGAACAGCGGUAAUCAAUGUACCUCCUCAAGAAGGCAAGGCAAUUUGACCCUAAGUGUUGCCAUUUCAACAUUCUGUUUGCCUCCUUGCUUUUGGUUCCUUGUGUAUGGCCCAGUUUGAUUGAUUCUGAUAUUAUCAGAAUUGUUUGUUGUUCGCC